UGACAGAUGUCAGUUUCGGCUAUCAAACGAAAGCAAACAUUUUGAUCUCAGUGUGACGAAGGAAAUGACUCACUGUGCGUGAAUGUUUGGAAUUAGUUGAGCAAAUAACUAAGAGGUGGAAAAGCGGGUUGCCCGCAUUUGGUAUUGGGAAAGUAGAAAGCUAUCCAAGGAAGGAUAUUGUCGGGAAACUGCUUUCCACGUACAUUCCAUUUGUUAACAUCCGUUCCAGACGUAGCUCAGUAUUUCGUUCAGUAUUCAGUUUGUUUAAGAUGGACCGUUGUGAGCAACAUGUACAAGCGAUUCCAUUACAACGCCUUAAUACACGUGAAGAGAACCAGAGGCGGCAACAGCUACGGCAUCUCUUUGAUAAGUAUGAUACGGAUUCCGAUGGUUAUCUGAACGUAACCGAGAUGAAGAGCCUUAUUAAAGAGAAAAAGUGCCCAGACAUGCCAAAAGAGUUGGCAAUUCAUCUGUUGAAAUCGUCCGACUUAAACAAUGAUGGCCGUCUGGAUUUCGCUGAGUUUUACAAGCUCAGUACCGAGCAUCCGAUCUUUCUGUGUGAAAUGUAUCUAAAGUAUUGUAAAGCGGUAGUGCCUAGACGAAACGUGGCGGAAGAAGGCGAUGUAUUAGAUGGCGAAUACGAGCAAAGCAUGAAACUAUGGCCUCCCCCACUGAUGAUGAUAAUUUUUUCGAUAUUGGAAGUAAUUUUCUUCAUCGUGGAUAUCGUCAAAACGCAAGAUCAAAAUGGUACUAGUACGAGUGGCCCGAUGGCGACCUUGUUUAUCUACAAUCCACACCUCAGACACGAGGUGUGGCGUUUCCUAACGUACAUGUUUGUACAUAUCGGAUUCAUGCAUCUGAUAAUGAAUUUACUUGUGCAAAUCUUGCUGGGCACUGUGCUGGAAUUGGUGCACUGCUGGUGGCGUGUGGCGCUGGUAUACCUCGCAGGAGUGAUUGCGGGCUCCAUGGGUACUUCGUUGUUCACGCCACGUGUGUUUCUCGCAGGUGCUUCUGGUGGUGUUUACGCGCUCAUCACAGCUCACAUUGCAACGAUUAUCAUGAACUGGAAACAAAUGGAAUACGCCAUCGUUCAGCUGUUCGUAUUUUUGGUGUUUUGCGUUACUGAUUUGGGAGUUUCAAUUUACAACAGUAUUAACGACCCGUUCGAUAAGGUGGGGUAUAUUGCCCACGCCAGUGGUGCCUUGGCAGGGUUUCUUGUUGGAAUCGGCGUGUUGCGAAAUCUUAAGAUUGAAUCCUGGGAGCGUAAGCUGUGGUGGUGUGCAGUAACGAUUUACAUCCUAUUGAUGAUUGGCGGCAUAAUGUACCACUUUUUGGAUCCUUCCCAUUUUUACUAACCCGUUAAGAGACCGUCUCAAUCGUAUGUUUGUAUGCUCAAGAUUUCAACAGUAUACUGUCGGUGUUUUUUUUUUGGGUGAUAGCCAAAAAUAUGUUACAAAGCAUUGUACAAAGUGCAAGCACUGCUCAUGAUACUGCUUAAGUGCCUUAGCUUUAGUGCCUCAUAAAGCCAAACGACCGAUCAUUUCCGAUUUAAAAAUAAGACAAUCGUGCCUUUAUACUUUUUCUUAUUGCUUAAAAAUAUGGAACAAAUUUCGUUUAAAAGCAAACAGCACAAUUGCAUAGUUUAUUCAUAUUGUACUUAUCGUACUUAUUAUAUUACGAAGAAUAAAACUCGUUUACACUUUAAA